CUCCGAUGGAUGAAUAGAAGCAGUGUGUGAGUGUUACAUAUCUCAACUUGGUAUUAGAUACCAGCACCCCGAUCCUUCUUUCUCUCGACGCUUCCGCCAUGCAUCGUCUUCUCCGCUGUACCCGCUCGGCCGACUUUGACGCGCCGGCGUCCGCUCCGUUCGCCGCCGUUCCCGUCGCCGCACCCUCUCAGGCAGCUCCCGCUGCCGCGGUCAUCACCACCCCAGUUGCACCCGCGCCCCGCCGUGCGCACCUCGGCGACCUGGGCAAGAUGCCAGUCCCUGACGGCGUCGCGGCUCCUUCCUCGUCCACCUCGGCGCCCCGUGCGGCGCCCUCUGUCCAGCUAGCCGCAGGCGUCCUGCGCACCGCCGGCAGCACCCCCGUCCUGCGCCUCCCGCUGGGCGGCCCCGGCAGCGCCAUCGUCAACCACCUCGGCCCGGGGCGCUCCGACGCCGGUCCUUACUCCACUGUCGGCCUCCCGCCCUCCAUCGCGCACUACUUCACCACCAAGCUUCACCUCGAGUCCGGUAACUACUCGCGCUGGCGUCAAAUCUUUUACAUCAUCGCUUGCAAACAUGAGGUUCAGCAUCAUCUCGAUGCCGCCACUGAGCCGCUCGGCCAGAGCACCGUGUGGCGCAACGAAGACUUGUCCAUGGUGUUGUGGAUGCAAGGCGUCGUCGCCGAGGAGCUCAUGGACGUCGUGGCGUCCCCGGACAGCACCACCUAUGACAUCUGGACCCAGCUCCACGUCCUCUUCAUGGACAAUCAGCCGGGCCGCGCCGUCAUCCUCGGCGCCGAGUUCCAGAACCUCGUCCAGGGCGACCUCUCCGUCGCCGAAUACAGCCGAAGGCUCAAGUCCCUGGCCGACGCUCUCGAGGACAUCGGCGAGCACAUCUCCGAUCAGGCCCUCACGCUCCAGCUCAUCCGCGGCCUCAACCGCAAGUUUCAGAUCAUGGCGACGCUCCUCUCGAUGCAGUCGCCGUUCCCCUCCUUCGUGCAGGCCCGCUCUCGCCUCCUCAUGGAGGAGAUCUCUGCCAACGAGCGGGCUCGACUGGACAGCCGUCCGGAACUCCCAGCCACUGCGCUCACCAUCGGGCACGGGCCGAGUGGUGGCUCCUCUCCCUCCCCUGAUUGCGGAUCAGGCAGCGACUCCGUCAACAAGGGCAAGGGCGCCGCUGCAUCUCCCACGGGCGACAGGGGCAGUGGCUCGCGCGGGCGUGGGCGCGGUCGUGGUCGCGGCCGCGGCGGCCAAUUGUCUGGUGGCGCUCCCGCUGGGCGCGGCGCCGCUCCGGCCGGGCCGCAGCCCCCGACUGGCUUCUUCGCUCCAUACGGCGCCCUCCUCCCCGGCCUGCCUGCACCACGGGCCCCUUGGGCUGCGCCGAACGCCGCCGGCGUCCUAGGCCCACGUCCUCCUGCACCGCAUCAGGCCUACUCCGUGCCCUCGACGUCUUCAAGCAGGCCUACCUGGGAGCAGUAUAAUCAGCUGUACGCUGCUCUCCAGGGCCUCUCCAUGCUGCAGCAGCACGUCGGCGGCACGCCGGACUGGUUCCUCGACACGGGCGCUACGUCGCACGUCGCUAGUAAGACGGACCUCCUCACCUCGUAUGGUUCUCCCCCAUUGCGUCAUUCCUCUGGCAUCUUAGUAGGCAACGGUUCUCGUCUCCCCAUUACAGCCGACCUAGCCACGGGGAAGCUAAUCAUGAGGUCCAAUAGCCAUGGGGACCUCUAUCCUUUUUUCAACAACUCCGGCGUUCAAGCAGUGCUCUCCGUCGCCACAGAUGACAUAUGGCAUCUUCGUUAGGGCAUGCUAGCAAUAAAUCAGUUUCCAUUCUAGUACGUGAUUUUCUUCCUAAUUGUAAUAAAACUAUGCCUAGCACUUUCGUUUGCUCAUCAUGUAAACUUGGCAAGCAGCCUCGACUGCCUUUUUCCCAUUCCAUUCCUAAAACAAGUGCACCUUUCCAAUUAAUACAUUGUAACUUGUGGA